AUGUGGGGAGGAUCGAUGGCGAACAUAGUGGAACGCGGGAACGCGGCCCAGGCAGAGAUGUUCGUAGAGCAAGAGAAGAGUUUCUUUCCUGCCAUUAGGCCAAUAAGGAGAGUUCACAUCGUGGACCACUUCAGGCGGGCGACCUUCGAGAGCUUUGUCGCCCAAAACCCGCCACCGCCCGAUUACGAUAAUAUCGUCGCCAAACCAUCCAACCAGCCGUCUGGUGCACCACCAGCAUUCCCUGUCCCGAACGUCGCUCCCAGCGCUGAGGGUGACGCCGAAAUGUCGACGGUACCGUUGACAGCCUCACCACAGCCACAGGCGUCAACAUCCUCCACUGCCGGAAUCGGGAUGUUGGGAGUCCAGAUGCCGGAGCCAGAGCACCAAGCGCAGAGUCAGAAGCCGGGUUUGGGGUGGGGAAGCAGGAACCCCUUCGCCGCUGCGAUCGCUGAGCAGACGAGGAAAUUAUCGGUAGACUAA